GCUGGAUCAGUGACGACACUUCCCUUCUCCUUGGAUUCUGUGUUUUGUCGACAAAAGUUUUCCAGCAAGACGCAGUUUUUUUUUUUUUUUUUUCACUUUGUAACAACGAAAAUAUUUGACUGCCAAUUUCUGCGAAAUAGCCAUCAUGUCUCCCCCAUCAAGAAGGCUUCAAACGAAGCCUGUGAUUACAUGUCUCAAGACCUUUCUUAUUUCUUACAGUCUCAUAUUUUGGGUAAGUGUUAGCUUGCUUGCAUCAGUUAUUUACAAGUCACGGUAACAAUGGGCUAAGCAGCGAUGCCAACAUAUCUAAUUGGAAUUUACAAACGAAUAACGUAAAGCUGCGGCUGACACGUAAGGACUCGAGUUAUUGAAAAUUUAUUGAAAAUAAAACAACACAUUAAAAAACAAUUUCCCAGUGAUAGCUCGAAAACACUCAGUUGGAAAAUAAUCACUUAAUUGUUGGAUAUAGUGAAGUCUUGCUGUCUGUGAAAGUUGUGCUUUUCUCCUACAGCGACUUUUGAUUGCACAGCCACGUUACAUGGUUUCCUUUUUGUUUUGAGCGUUGCAGCCCGCGAGUAUAGGCAACAUUUUGAUUGUUAACGUUUCAAGGUUUGAUUGCGGGGAUCGUGGUGACAUUCGUAGGCAAAUUGGCGAUGUUUGAAACGACUAUUCGAAGUUAGGCCUGGUUGUUGACUGAGAUACAACCUCCUCAGACAAACGGUAUUCUUACUAAAUAACUAUUAUGAGCUCAAAAUAUUUUUAACAGUACUUUUAGGUGAACAUAUUUGUCUUUUUGCCAAAUUAUCGCCAAAGAUCGUAAGCCAGUUUACUUUUUCACAGCUUUCUAGACAAAUGUUGUGUAAAUUACAUUUGCUCUGUCAAUGGUGUUUCUUCAGUUUCUAUUAUUCUAUCUACGCGAUUAAUCAAACGUGGCAUUUAUGGGUUCAAAGUUCACGACAACACAUAUCUCUGUCAUUUAUUGCUAUAUGGAGGGUGAUUUGUAUAAUUCAUGGUCCGACAGACUGAUAACUGCAGUCCAUGACUAUAUGACUCUGGUAGAAGGAAGGGCAAUACAUUAUACAAAGGAAGAUGCUGAGCUCACUGAUGUGAGACCUUUGGCUAUUAUUGGUUGUGUGGGUGAGGGGGCGUUGUUAAGUUCCAUGUUGACUUUGGCUUCCCAUGUGAGGAAAAUCUGUUGUAGGCAAUUUAUGCCAACCUCAAAACUUUUUCAGAUGUGUACUGGCCCCUGAAAACCGUCACACUGAGCUGAAUAAAAGUAUUAGUUGUUCAAGGUGUGCCAUUAAACCCCUACAACUCAUCCAGAAUGCCGCAGCCCGUCUGGUGUUCAACCUUCCCAAGUUCUCUCACGUCACCCCCCUCCUCCGCACACUCCACUGGCUUCCAGUUGAAGCUCGCAUCCGCUACAAGACCAUGGUGCUUGCCUAUGGAGCAGUGAGGGGAACGGCACCUCUGUACCUUCGGGCUCUGAUCAGUCCCUACACCCAAACGAGGGCAUUGCGUUCAUCCACCUCUGGCCUGCUGGCUCCCCUUCCUCUGCGGAAGCAUAGUUCCCGCUCAGCCCAGUCAAAACUGUUCGCUGCUCUGGCACCCCAAUGGUGGAACAAGCUCCCUCACGACGCCAGGACAGCGGAGUCACUCACCACCUUCCGGAGACACUUGAAACCCCACCUCUUUAAGGAAUACCUGGGAUAGGAUAAAGUAAUCCUUCUACCCCCCCCCCCCCCCCCAAAAAUUUGUAAAGUGGUCAUCCCACUGGCUAUAGGGUGAACGCACCAAUUUGUGAGUCGCUCUGGAUAAGAGCGUCUGCUAAAUGACGUAAAUGUGCCCUUGAGCAAGGCACUUAACCCUAAUUGCUCCUGUAAGUCGCUCUGGAUAAGAGCGUCUGCUAAAUGACUAAAAUGUAAAUGUAUAAUUAGGAGGGCUGUUUUUGCGCUUUAAAUCUUGAGUUUGUGUCAGAACUAGGCCAGACCUAGCGGCAUUACCUGAGAUUGGAGCUGACUGUCUGUACUUUCUCCCAGUUUACAGGGGUUAUCCUUCUGGCUGUUGGAGUAUGGGGGAAGGUAAGCCUGGAAGCUUAUUUCCAGCUGGCCUCUGAGAAGAGCACAAAUGCACCAUAUGUCCUCAUCGGGACUGGCACCAUCAUCGUCAUUUUUGGCCUGUUUGGUUGCUUCGCUACAUGCCGCGGUAGCCCAUGGAUGCUAAAGCUGGUCAGUUACACUGUGAAGUGUUACAUUUUGUAUUUGCACAUUCUCCUCAAAUGUUUCUUGUCUUUUGUUGUAUGUAAAUUGAUGAGUUGUUUCUCUCCUCUCAGUAUGCCAUGUUCUUGGUGCUGGUGUUCUUAGCUGAGUUUGUGGCCGGCAUCUCUGGCUUCUUAUUCAGACAUGAGGUGAGAUAUUAGUUCAAAAGGAGUGUUCCCACAUCCAACAAUUUACCAGGUGCUGGGUACAAAAACGGUAAUGUAUAAGGAAUGGAAAUACAUGUGCACUGAGGGAUGCUCCCAUUAUAGUUUAUUGCAACGACUGGAAGACCUUUUGGUCGAAACGUUGCAAUGAACUAUAGAUGAGCAUACACCAAUGUGCAGGUACUUAUGAGGUGACUUACAAUACACUUGACAUUAUUAUAGGGUUCAGUUGGCCACAAAUCAAACCCAAUACAUGUUUGGUUUAUUGCAGAUAAAGGCUGUAUUAGGUGAUGCCUAUAAAGACGCUGUGACGAACUACCAUUUCCCUGACCCCAAAAGCUCUGCAGUUGACACCAUCCAGACGACUGUAAGUGGUAUUAUGUUAUUCAAUUCGAAGCUUAACUGUGUUUGGUUCCUUUGCAAAUAACACAAAACAUGCUGUUUAGAGAAGUGGCUUUUAGCAACUACAUUUGAUCAGAGACCCUGCAGAAGUGUUGCUAUAAACAACUUCUAUAGUACAGAUGGUCACGAUUUAUGGUCUGUUUUAAGAGUUGCAUAGAGCUUGUUUAUGAUUGUAUUAGGUUAUGGUCCUCCUCCAACAUUAUUGAAUAACUAAUUGAUGUACAAUAGAACCACCUUUUAACAUGAUCUGUUCCAGUAUCCCUGCACAUUGUAAAUCUGGUAGGGGGGCUGGGAUAAAAAAUAAAAUAAAAAUAUAGGCCAAAACACAUCAUGACGAGAGACACCACAACACUACAUAAAGAGACACCUAAGACAACAACAUAGCAUGGCAGCAAUACAUGACAACACAUCAUGGUAGCAACACAAAAUGGCAGCAGCACAACAUGGUAGCAGCACAAAACAUGGUACAACAUUAUUGGGCACAGACAACAGCACAAAGGGCAAGAAGGUAGAGACAACAAUACAUCACGCAAAGCAGCCACAACUGUCAGUAAGAGUGUCCAUGAUUGAGUCUUUGAAUGAAGAGAUGGAGAUAAAACUGUCCAGUUUGAGUGGUUUUUGUAGCUCGUUCCAGUCGUUAGCUGCAGCGAACUGAAAAGAGGAACGACCCAGGGAUAUGUAUGCUUUGGGGACCUUUCACAGAAUGUGACUGGCAGAACGGGUGUUGUAUGUGGAGGAUGAGGGCUGCAGUAGGUAUCUCAGAUAGGGGGGAGUGAGGCCUAAGAGGGUUUUAUAAAUAAUGCAUAAACCAGUGGGUCUUGCGACGCGUAUAGAGAGACACCAGUUUACGGAGGAGUAUAGAGUGCAGUGAUGUGUUCUAUAAGGAGCAUUGGUGGCAAAUUGAUGGCCGAAUGGUAAAAAACAUCUAGCGCUCGAGAGACACCCCUUACCUGCCGAUCUUAUAAAUUAACGUCUCCGUAAUCUAAGCGUGGGUAGGAUGGUUCAUCAAAUCAAGGGUGUUAGUUUGGCAGCUGGGGUGAAAUGAGAGGGCGAUUACGAUAGAGGAAAUCAAGUCUAGAUUUACCUUAGCCUGCAGCUGUUGAUAUGUAAUAAAAUACAUAAUAAUGCCAUGUAGCAGACGCUUUUAUCCAAAAGCGACUUACAAGUCAUGCGUGCAUACAUUUCUUAUUAUUUUUUUUGUGUAUGGGUGGUCCUCGGGGAUCGAACCCACUACCUUGGCGGUUACAAGCGCCGUGCUCUACCAGCUGAGCUACAGAGGACCAAAGAAUAUGGCUGAGGAGAGAAGGACAGUGUACCGUCUAAGCCAUACUCCCGAAGUACCUUGUAUUAGCGUGACUACCUCAAGCUCUAAACCCUCAGAGGUAGUAAUCACACCGGUGGGGAGAGGGGCAUUCUUCUUACCAAACCACAUGACCUUUGUUUUGGAGGUGUUCAGAACAAGGUUAAGGGCAGAGAAAGCUUGUUGGAUGCUAAGAAAGCUUCGUUGUAACACAAAAUCCGGGGAGGGGCCAGCUGAGUAUAAGACUGUAUCAUCUGCAUAUACAUGGAUGAGAGAGCUUCCUACUGCCUGAGCUAUGUUGUUGAUGUAAAUUGAGAAGAGCGUGGGGCCUAGGAUCGAGCCUUGGGGUACUCCCUUGGUGACAGGCAGUGGCUGAGAUAGCAGAUGUUCUGACUUUAUACACUGCACUCUUUGAAAGAGGUAGUUAGCAAACCAGGCUAAAGACCCUUCAGACACCAGUACUCCUUAGCCGGCCCACAAGAAUGGAAUGAUCUACUGUAUCAAAAGCUUUGGCCAAGUCAAUAAAAAUAAUAGCACAACAUUGCUUAGAAUCAAGGACAAUGGUGACAUCAUUUAGGACCUUCAAGGUUGCAGUGACACAUCCAUAACCUGAGCGGAAACCAGAUUGCAUACCAGAGAGAAUACUAUAGACAUCAAGAAAGCCAGUCAGUUGAUUAUUGACAAGUUUUUCCAACACUUUUGAUAAACAGGGCAAAAUAGAAAUUGGCCUGUAACAGUUAGGAUCAGCUUGAUCUCCCCCUUUAAAUAAAGGAUGCACCGUGGCUGCCUUCCAAGCAAUGGGAACCUCCCCAGAGAGGAGAGAGGUUAAAAAGGUCAGAGAUAGGCUUGGCGAUGAUAGGGGAAGCAACCUUAAAGAAGAAAGGGUCUAAACCAUCUGACCCAUAUGUUUUUUUGGGGUUAAGUUUAUGGCGCUCCUUUAGCACCUUGGACUCAGUGACCGCCUGCAGGGAGAAACUUUGUAACGGGGGAAAAAGAGGGAGGAGCAUUGCGGCUAGUCGAAUUAGAAGGGGUGGGAGAUGAGGAAAUGUGGGAUGGGCAAGGAGGCAUGGCUGAGUCAAAUAGGAAUCCCGACUUAAUGAAGUGGUGAUUAAAGAGCUCAGCCAUGUGCUCCUUGUCAGUAACAACCACAUCAUCAACAUUAAGGGACAUGGGCUAGCUGUGAGGAGGAGGGUUUAUUCUCCAGGUCUUUAACCGUUUUCCAGAACUUCCAGAAUGUUUUCCAGAGAGAGAACUGCUCCUUAAAGUAACUAACUUUGGCCUUCCGGAUAGCCUGAGUGCACUUAUUUCUAAUUUGCCUGAACGAGAGCCAGUCAGCCUGAGUAUGCGUGUGCUGAGCCUUUUGCCAAAUUGAAUUCUUGAGGUGAAGUAACUCUGCCAGAUCACGGUCGAACCAGGGGCUGAACCUGUUUUUAAAAUUCUAUUUUUUUUAUGGGGGAGUGUUUGUUAACAAUACCACUGAAAAUCUCAAAAAAGAAGGUCCAAGCGUCUACGACAGAGGGGAUCAAGUUGAUUCUAUACAAAUUUACAGAGGCCAGGUCAUAAAGGAAGGCUUGCUCAUUAAAGUUUUUUUGCAAGCGUCUAUGACAAAUCAGGACUAGUCGUUUCACUGAGCAGCCAUUACGAACAUCAAGGAGAGUAGCCUUUUUUGGGUGUUUGGAGUCAUACCUUGUGUGAUUGGUAAUAAUCUGAGAAAGAUUUAGGGAGUCCCAUUGCUUUAGGACUUGGUCAGGUGGUUUAAGCAUGUCCCAGUUUAGGUCACCUAGCAGGACAAAUUCAGACUUAGUGUAAGGGGCCAGGAGAGAGCUUAGGGCAUUUAGGGUACAGGCCUGUGCUGAUGGUGGACGAUAACACCCAGCAACAGUCAACAAAGAGCUAUUUGAAAGCUUAAAACCAGCAAAUCAAAUUGUUUGGGGACAGACUUGGUGGAGACAACCGAGCACUGAAGGUGUUCCUUGGUAAAGAUUGCCACUCCACCACCUUUGGAAGAGCUGUCUUGCCCGAAAAAGGUUAUAACCUAAAAGGUUAACAUCAUUGUUCAAAACACUCUUUCUUACCCACGUCUCAGUAAUGACCAACACAUCUGGAUUGGAGCUGUGAACCCACACUUUCAAUUGAUCCAUUUGAGGUAAUAAGCUUCUAGUGUUAACGUGCAGAAAACCCGGGCUUUUACGAGAGCAGAAAUCAGUGAAGCAGAUGUCAGAAUUGGGGCUAGCAACAGUAGAAGGGCCAGGGUGUACAUGCACAUUUCCAGAUAUCAUCAGCAGUUAUACAGUCAGGGCAUGGCAGAGGACAGGGAGAGCUCUGCAGUGUUGAUUUAUGACAUUUUAAUGUGCACUAGAUGGCAACAAGAUCAUAUUGUACAGUAAUUUCAUCAGGUAACAUGAAUACAAAGCCGGUGAGAGGUGGUUAGAAUUGGAUUGGAGGCCAAGAGUCUGUGUAACCAAUAGAGAGUCAGAGUCCCGAGUGUGGGAACAAACAGUCUGUCCCAUGGUUGGGUAAACAAGCAAGUUCAUAGUCAACAAAGCACACAGUGCUCAUGAGGCAAAUAGCAAAAGAAAAAAAAAUAUAACGACUUGGUAAGCCAUUGUAAGUUCAGAGUCACUCGCCCCAACAGUGAGUGUGUGCUGGAGGCGAGCGAAAGCUCGGCAGAGAGGGGAGUGUGGCGGGGGUACCUGUACCAGACAGGGGGAGACAGGCCGGCCAGGGCAGACUGUGAACAGAUCGCCAGGUGGAAUCCAAGCAGCAGGCAACGGGAGAAGGUGUCACAGCCACUUUUUUUUUUUUUUCGGGCGGCAGAUUCUUUGUAGAAAAACCCAGCUAGCUAGCUAUCAUAGCUAGCAAGUCUUUGUCCACUGUUUUUUUUCUCCAUGUGGAAGAGGUUGUUAGCUAGCUAUAUCUCUUUAGUUUCGCCGAAUGGUCCUUUACGACGUCCAAACAAAGUUGUAUUGUGGCUUUUGUAUUUUGAAGAUUGUGAGGAGGAUAUCUUCUGAUGUGAUCAAAGCAGCAGUAUUGUUUCUUAUCGAGGUAAUUUACAAUUGAAGUGUCCUGUCUGCAUAUCAGUUCAAAAUAGCGAUGUAUUGUAAUGACCUCUGCACAGAUGGAGGGGGUUUCAAAGGCCUCUGCAUUUGGGUGGGGGAGGCUGUGGAAACUCUCCUGCCAUUGUUGGGCUCAAGGGCUUUGACACCGCUCACUUCACACCUCAGUGCUAAUUGAUCUGAUCUGUUCUGUCCUAGCAAGCUUGGUAGCCUUAACUUAGCAUUCAGUCCUUUAUAAAGUAAAAUAUAUCAUUGUAAUUUAUUUUUCUUCUUGGCUUUAAAGUAGCUUGUUAUGUGAAUUAUUUAACAAACUAUUUCAGUGUCUCUGUACGUCUCCCAAAAGGUUGUAAGUCUUUUGGGAUUUAAGUAACGAACAGAGUCCCGGUCUGCAUAGUCAGAGAUUUAUUCAUUGAGAAUUCUGCCAUCACAAUUUCAGAGUCCAUCUUUUAUACUCAUACGUCAUACAAAAAAAUCCCUCCCCUCUGUAGGCGGGCUGUAGUUUUCCACUCUAAAACUGCUCUCCUGACCAUCAGUUCACACACAUAUACUCACAUGCAUACAUACACACACACUUUCUUAUCAUAGCCUACUCCCAGCAUUCCUCAGUUAUUGCCGUUCUCACAAUAUUCUGCACCAUACUCAUUAAAAAGCCUAUCAGUUGCCUGUAGGCAGUUCUCCUUGUCCUUUGUUGUCUGGCCUAACUCUUACUCACAUUGCUAAAUAGUGGCUCAAUGCCAUAGCCUUUACUGGUCCUACACUCACACAUUUCUAACACAUUAUACACAGUUUCAAGGCGUAAUAAUUAGUCAUUAAUAAUUAAUCUAUCAUAGCUUCAGACUAAACAUUACUCACUCAGUUCCAGGUUGGAUGGUGUUUUAAGGUUUAUUGUGCUUCUUUUGCUGGUUGUUGGUUUGCCAGAGCAUAUUGCUGUAUAGACCUUGGAAAUAAGAAUAUUUGGUAGUAGGAAUCCUUCCAGGUAAUUUUGUCCAAAAUCAGGUUGUAGUUUGGAGUUUUGAUUUGGAGUGAAGGUUAUGUUGUGGAGGGUAGUAUAUAGCUACUGACCCUGGAACUGAGCCUGUAUAUAGCUACUGACCAUGUAAAUACAGUUGAAGUCGGAAGUUUACAUACACUUAGGUUGGAGUCAUUAAAACUCGUUUUUCAACCACUCCACAAAUUUCUUGUUAACAAACUAUAGUUUCAGUGCCUCUUUGCUUGACAUCAUGGGAAAAUCAAAAGAAAUCAGCCAAGACCUCAGAAAGAAAAUGGUAGACCUCCACAAGUCUGGUUCAUCCUUGGGAGCAAUUUCCAAACGCCUCAAGGUACCACGUUUAUCUGUACAAAUAAUAGAACGCAAGUAUAAACACCAUGGGACCACGCAGCCGUCAUACCGCUCAGGAAGGAGACGCGUUCUGUCUCCUAGAGAUGAACGUACUUUGGUGCGAAAAGUGUAAAUCAAUCCCAGAACAACAGCAAAUAACCUUGUGAAGAUGCUGGAGGAAACGGGUACAAAAGUAUCUAUCUCCACAGUAAAACGAGUCCUAUAUCGACAUAACCUAAAAGGCCGCUCAGCAAGGAAGAAGCCACUGCUCCAAAACCGCCAUAAAAAAGCCAGACUACGGUUUGCAACUGCACAUUGGGACAAAGAUUGUACUUUUUGGAGAAAUGUCCUCUGGUCUGAUGAAACAAAUAAAGAACUGUUUGGCCAUAAUGACCGUCGUUAUGUUUGGAGGAAAAAGGGGGAUGCUUGCAAGCCGAAGAACACCAUCCCAACCAUGAAGCACGGGGGUGGCAGCAUCGUGCUUUGCUGCAGGAGGGACUGGUGCACUUCACAAAAUAGAUGGCAUCAUGAGGAAGGAAAAUUAUGUGGAAUAUGUUGAAGCAACAUCUCAAGACAUCAGUCAGGAAGUUAAAGCUUGGUCGCAAAUGGGUCUUCCAAAUGGACAAUGACCCCAAGCAUACUUCCAAAGUUGUGGCAAAAUGCCUUAAGGACAAUAAAGUCAAGGUAUUGGAGUGGCCAUCACAAAGCCCUGACCUCAAUCCUAUAGAAAAUGUGUGGGCAGAACUGAAAAAGCAUGUGCGAGCAAGGAGGCCUACAAAUCUGACUCAGUUACACCAGCGCUGUCAGGAGGAAUGGGCCAAAAUUCACCCAACGUAUUGUGGGAAGCUUGUGGAAGGCUACCUGAAACAACAUUUGACACAAGUAAAAUAAUUUAAAGGCAAUGCUACCAAAUACUAAUUCAGUGUAUGUAAACUUCUGACCCACUGGGAAUGUGAUGAAAGAAAUAAAAGCAGAAAUAAAUCAUUCUCUCUACUAUUAUUCUGACAUUUCACAUUCUUAAAAUAAAGUGAUGAUCCUAACUGACCUAAAAUGGAAUUUGUACUAGGAUUAAAUGUCAGGAAUUGUGAAAAACUGAGUUGAAAUGGAUUUGGCUAAGAUAUGUAAACUUCAGACUUCAACUGUAGCUACUGACCCUGAAUAUAGCUACUGACCCUGGAACUGAGUCUGUAUAAAGCUACUAACCCUGGAGCUGACCCUGUAUAUAGCUUACUUACUUUCUCGUGUUCUUCUACUUUACUUUUUUAUUUGAAAAAAUAUAUAGUACUACUGAUAUUGAUUACUGCAUUGUUGGGAAAGAGCAAGCAAGAAAGUCAUUUCAUUGUACUUGUGCAUGUGACAUUGAAACUUGAUUUGCCUACAUGGCUAAGUCAACCAUAUAAUUAGGAAUUAGAAGUCAACAUUGUUAUUUCCUCUUGAUAAUGAGUUAAUGUGUGUUUUGUGCAGUUGCACUGCUGUGGAAUGGAAAGUUACAAGGACUGGAACACGACACAGUACUUCAAAGACAAUGGUAUCCCUGCCAGCUGUUGCAAAGAGAAUGAUGUCUGCCCUGAUGAGAAACUCAAGGACCUUGAGAAGGCUCGCGACAUAGUGUAUGACACGGUAAGAGCACUGCCACAUAUCAUUAUCAAUCAUAUCACACAGAAUUAUGUCAGAGCUGUGUGUCUCUGGGUAGGUAAGUUCAGACCCUGCUUUGAUUCAUAGUUAGAUGAAUUGUUUGCAAGUCAGUAUGCGUAAUGAACAGUUAUAACCUCUGUAAUACGUUUAUUUUUCUUCUGCUUAACAUGUUUUAGGGCUGCUUCUCACUGGUGACCGAUUUGAUGGAGUCUAACCUGGGAAUCAUUGCAGGGAUAUCUUUUGGAAUUGCAUUCUUCCAGGUACAUCCAUUGAAGAGCCUUGAUUUGACAUUGGCCUGUAGGCAUAAUAAUCUCUAGGGAAAAAAUAUACAAUGUUAUUACCAUUUAAAAUGGCUCUUGAAAUGUUGUGAGAUCAAGAAAAUGCUAGAUUUCACUUUUUUAUACAUGAUGUGAAUACAUGUCAAUUUUGUCUUCACAUCCUAAUUGAAACUGUUUAACUUUCUGCCUAGCUCAUUGGGGUAUUCUUGUCCUGCUGCUUGUCUCGAUACAUCACCAACAACCAGUACGAGAUGGUCUAGCAGUGUCCUUCCUCAGGUAGUACCCGACAUGGACUAGUACUGUGGGAUCCCAUGACUCCUAUUGCUGUUACAUAAAAAGUAAUGUCUUUAGAGUGCCCAAAAUGUUAGUUAUUGUCAUACAGUACAUGAUACCCCUGUACUUGGUUUGGUCACUUAAGUUGCUGUGUUCCAGCUUCUUGAUUCUCCCUCUACUGACAAGCAUUUUCAUGAAAGGAAAUGCCCACCUUGGCACAUCAGAUAUGGUAUUCAUUACCUAGGAAGGUGAACAUGUAAAUUCAAACAUGUUGAAAUGUAGUACAGUGUAUCAAUAUUAUGCUCAACAGUUGAGUAAGACCAGUGGCUGAAAUCCCCAACCUGAUGUAACAUUGAUUAUUGAUGCACCAAUAAAACUCAUGGGAAUGUUAGACUACAACGCAUCUAACAUGUCAUUGGUCUUUUUUCUUCUUUGUAGGUCACUGACGGGAAGCUCAUGACGCAAACUGACUCAAAGGGAACGCCCAUAGUUUUAAUCCUUCGUAUAUGCAUAAUGGUUCUGUCAUUUCAGAAUACACUCUCGCUGACACUCACUUUUCAAUGGCAACCAGUCUGAAGGGAAAAUGUUGUUAGACACCAUAAGGGAUCUAUUUCUACCAUUCUCCAUCAUCAAUUUGAUUAAGCUUUGUCUUGCUAAGACUAGUGGAAUACAGUUUGUGCUUAAAUGUUCAUUUGGGAUUCACAGACUUUAUAAAUGUAAUAUUUAUCUUUUCAUUCAUGUCCGUUUGAUGUUAUUAUACAUGACAUAUGUAUUUGGUGUGCUAAGCCAAAAUAUUCCUGUUUAUGUUAUCCUUGUCCAUAUUCAUGUCAUUCUCCAUCAUAAAUGCUGUCCUCAUUCUAGUUACAUGGCAUCUUGUGGUUAAAGUUAUCUUACUGUAGCCUAUUUUAUUUCCAUGAUUGGCAUUACAAUAUUAGAAGCUGGUGACUGAUUAGUCCAUCUGUAACACCACAGUAACUUGCACUGUAAAACCUCCAGCAAUCCAUCCAUC